AUGCCGUCCAAUCGGUCCUCUUGGGCCACUUCCGAAGCGCCAGCCGGUGAUACAGCCUCUCGUCCUCGUGAUCGUCAUAAAAUACCGCUCGCUCGAUUCGCCAAUGAAAAGUCAGGAAAAUUGGAAUCGGCCAAUUCGCAAAGCCAGAAAACGACUGAAGGGCAAACAAAAGAAGCAACAACGGAGACGUCGGUGAAGUCGCCUGACGUCAAAUUUGAGAAACGUUCAAAGAAAGCGCAAAAAAAGAGCAAAGUUCUUUUCAUUGCUGCUCUAAUUGUGAUUGCCUUCGUGGUGGGCGUUGUCGUGGUCUUGCCAAAAUUUGAUACAACUGCUGAAGCUGCUAAGCCAACAACUCUCGUGCCGCCAAGGAUUCCAACGACAACAAUCAAUCCCUCCAAAACCUCCAGACACUACAUCCAUGCCUACUACAACGACUCAAAGCGAAGCAAGCAAGAAGAAGUCUAUGAAAUUGGUGGCGCUUAUCCAAAUGUCACAAAUCUAAAGCUGCUGAGCACAACCUGGCAAAUUCCAACGGAAAACUACCGACCUCUUGGAUAUCAACUGCGACUUUUCGUCCGUUUGCCUGGAUAUGGAAUUGACGACGCCCCGAUUCCUAAAAAGCUGCAUUGGACAACUCUUGGAAAAGUCAGAAUCUUGAUCGAGAUUGACAAAAAUCCGGAAAACUUUAUUGAACUGCAUUCAAAGAAUCUAAAGAUUAAAGCGGCUACUCUGCGUGAAGUUCAAUUGAAAAACAAGAACGAAGACGCGAUUUUCAAGUACAAACUUGUCGGACAAACGCGUCGCUUGGCUUUUCAACACAAUGAACAGAUUGAACGUGUUGGAUUCGGAGAUGGAAAACCUAUUUUAGCAGGAAAAUACAUAUUGGAGAUUGUCUAUGACGGUGAAAUCAAUAACACUUUGACUGGCCUCUAUUCAUCGUGCACCACCGAUAGCCAAAUAAAAAAGGGGAGUUGUAUAGCCACUACUCAAAUGGAACCAACAAAUGCACGCAUGAUGGUGCCAUGUUUUGAUGAACCGCGAUUCAAGGCUAUUUGGUCUCUCAUAAUCUUUCACCCUACAGGAACAGAGGCUAAUUCGAAUAUGAAUAGCGAGUUUUCUGAAAUCGAUUCAAUCACUGGUUCUGAAGCACGUCUCACCUGGAACAUCACGAAAUUUGCCAACACACCCAAAAUGUCCUCGUAUCUGUUGGCUCUAGUGGUGCAUGCAUGGGAAGGGCCGGACACAAUUACCACAAACAACGUUGAGAUUCGAGCUCUUAGCAGUUUCGAACAAUUUUUUGGUGUCAAAUAUCCGUUGCCCAAACUUGAUUUGUUUGCAGUUGCGCGCUAUGGGGAAGGAGCAAUGGAAAAUUGGGGAUUGAUGAUCUUUAAAGAGCGGUGGCUUUUGGUCGACCCGAAACACGAAUCUAUUGGACAUCAGUGGUUCGGUAAUUUGGUUACGAUGAACUGGUGGAAUGAGAUCUGGUUGAACGAAGGAUUUGCCGAUUUUGCUGAAUUCCUAGGACGUUUGUCUCACAUGUCAUUUGAUGACGCAGUCAUUGAAUAUUUGCUAAAUGAGCGGAAUAAAAUCAUGUAUGGUGAAGUUGCAUACGCACAAAACGGAUGGUCGAAGAUUUCCAAGCAAAAAUAUCCAGAUGGUCGCUACAAUAGAUGCCCAAGAACGCCGAUUGAGAUUCGCUAUAUGUUUGAUAUGCAUGCUUACAAAAGGAGGCCUUGGAAUCUUCUCAAUAUUCAAAGCUUUGGGUCCUCAUCGCUUUUUACUAACAUCAAGGCUUACCUCGACAAGCACAAAUAUUCGACAUCGCAUAGUAUGGAUGUGCUUGGAGAGGAUUUGUUCAAAGACCAAUUGUGGAUAAAUGCUCAAAAGAUUCUCGAAGAUCACUUGACUAAUAUCGACGAGGCAAUUCCCCGAUCUAAAACCGGACAAAAAGAAAAAGGGCUAAUUGAGAGAAAUCUGAUCUCAGCGUUCCCACCAAUUAUCAAUAUGGAUGGCCGAGCCUAUACGCGCGUUUGUUAUGGAAAGAAUUGGCCGCUUGUUUUUCAAGCAUUUCGUUUCGCGAUUUCCUUUGCUUACUCGGAUUCUCAUUUACGACGAUUUGUUCUCUAUGGCUGCUGCUGGACGAGUCAAUUAUGGGAUUGCUCUCGAGUUCGCAUAUUCAGUCUUAAAAG